AAUGAAUCAUCACUCUAAAUCACGGUUGCUCAUUGGUGUUAUUUUACGAUAGGAAGUAGCGAGGGGUGGAGGGUUAAGUUCCAGGAAAUACUCAGCUGUUAGCUCCUGUGGUAGCAAGCGAGUUGUAGCUUAGUUAUUCAGUCAGUUCGUCACCACUUGAUGCAGUGGAAUGUUAAUUCAGAGGGCUUCCUAUUAGGAGAAGUAAGACAAGAGGAGACGAUCAGCAUCAGUGAUACGCAGAUAAGCAAUGCUGAGCUCAUCCAGGUCGUAGAAAUCCAUAACCAUGAGCCCUGUGCACGAUUAUUUAGCUUUUAUGACUACGCUGGCAAAGUCAACCAAGAUCAUCUCAACAGAAUUCUAAAAGGCAAGCGAAAACAUGUGAUUGGCUGGUACCGCUUUCGGCGGAACACGCAACAGCAGAUGUCGUUCAGAGAGCAGGUUGUACACAAGCAGCUAACGCAGCUCCUCGGCGUGCCCGACCUCGUCUUCCUCCUGUUCAGCUUCAUCUCCACCGCCAACAGCUCCACACAUGCACUGGAAUAUGUGUUGUUCCGACCCAACCGCAAUAGGUACAACCAGAGGAUCACCCUCACAAUCCCCAAUCUUGGAAACACCAGCCAGCAGGAGUACAAAGUCUCCUCUGUGCCCAACACUUCCCUCAAUUACGCCAAGGUCAUCAAAGAACACGGUGCUGAGUUCUUCGACAAAGACGGUGUGAUGAAAGAUAUCCGAACCAUAUUUCAAGUGUACAGCGCGCUGCAAGAUAAAGUGCAGGCGGUAUGUGCGGAGGUUGAACAAAGUGAACGCGUGAAGGAGAAAAUCCAAGAAGAUGUCAACAAGCUGAAAGAACAAAUCGCUCUCAGGAAACGUAAGACGGCAGAAGAGGAGAGGAGAAUACGUGAAGCCCAGAACCCAGACAACACUCCAGAGAACACGGAACCUUCAGACACAUCCCUCCUAUCUAGGAUAUCUUUCCAAGAGCCUUCUGCGCCUGAGCGGCCUAGCAUCUCCUCUAACCCGCCCUCUUAUGCCGACCUCAUCUCCCAAGGUGACCCUCUGCUCUCAUCCUCUUCCCCUCCCCCCACCAGCGCCGCUCUACUUCCACGCCCACAAGCCGUGGGCUCGCCGGGGCACCCCGCACCAGGCCCGCUGGCCACAGGCGCCACAUCCAAUCCCAUCAGCUCGCCCUACCUCGGUAACGGUGAUGGAUCGAGCUCGGACUCAUUAGACAGGCAAGCCGCCGGGCAGGAGUUCGACGACGAGGACGAAGAUGAGGACAGUAGUGAGUACGAGAACCUGGUGAGCGAAGCCCCUCGCACAUCAAUGACCCCCGCCAGCCUUUUAGCUCGAAGUCGACCGUCCACCCUGGACCCCGACGGAGACGCUCGGGGCUCACAGACCACAUAGGAUAACACUGCGUGCGAGGGACACUGACGCACCUUCUUAAGCAAUCAUGAAAAGUGCCAGUCCUGAAAGUGGAACGGCAUGUGCAGCUGGCAUCCCGCUAUAAUGUCUUUUGUUUGUCUUAUCUCCAUUUUAAGGGGAAACCUCAUCAGCUCACUGGAAGGGUGAAGGGGGGGGGGCCUUUAUGUUGUUUUUCUUUUAUCAAAGGGGUUGCUGUCUGGGUACUUCAUUUUGGACAUGUCUGGCGUUUUACACACGAGGAUAUUACCUCUGCCAACCAGCGUGUUCACAAAAAGGCAGGUCCUGCUUCCCUCUUUUUCCAUUUUUCACUAACACUCUUGCAUCAAUUUUGCACUAUUUAUUGCCUUCUUUUUAAUAACGACCUCUUAAAGAAAACAAAAGGGAGACAAUUAAUCAGCCUUCAAACUGUUUUUUCAGACAAUUGCUUUCACAUGCACAAGUGUCACAUUUGAUUUGGGAUUUGUACUGCAAUGAUUAUGUUAGUGGUCCAGUACAAAAAAACUGAAAUGUGUAGUAAGUAAAUGAAAAGAAAAUAGAUCAGCCACUUAUGGGUGCUUUAUAUAUAAAUAUAUUUUUUCUUUUGGUGUGAGAUUGGUUAGACAUGAAUGUCAACAGAAAACACUGAAAUUGUAUUGCGCUUUGCUGCACUUAACAUAAGAAAAAUGUACCUUUUCUUUGUGCUAUACCAAUGAGGUCCUGUCUUGCCACUCGUGUAGUCCUGUCUGACCACUUUGCUCAGCUUUUGUACAUGGUACAGGGCUUCAAAGAGCACACACUCAUAGACAAUGUACUGUAGCUUUACUAAUCUGAUGCUUAAGAGGUUCCCUUCUACUGCUGCAACACAGAGAGCUACCACUAAACUUCAUUAAAAAGUACUGGCUUCUCUUCA